AGCAUUUGUCAAGAGUAGGCGCAUGCGUACUGCCGAGCUAUUGGUUGAUUUGAAUUUCGAACGUUUUGCGACCGGCCAAUCGCGUACAAUCGAUCGUUUGAUUUCUUUUUCGCGACCACUUUUAAACGUCAACCUGUGUCCCGUUAAAUGUGCUGUGUUUUGUGACAUUGAAAACUGACUGGUUUUUUACUUUUAAAUGGCAAGCUGAUUGUGUUUAAUAUUUUAUGCUCACAAGAUUGGAUGUUUUCUCACGUGUUCUGGUGUAAACAUCGUGAAGAAGCGAACGUGCUCGCUGAGCGGUCUGUUGACCCAGACUCGAACGGUCACCGGAACUAUUAUGCCUUAUAAAUCAAUCACAAUCUGAAGCGGCGGACCUGCCUCGCAUCGUAAGCGGAACCACCGUUAACUAAUUAUGCGGAUUUAUUAAUCGACAAAACAUGAUGGAAGAGGUGACUACACGCCCUAGUCUCGAAUACAUCCCCUCUCUGCCCCAAAAAGUGAAACAGAGAGGAUCGACAACUUUUACGCAGAUAACGAGCGAAGAUGCCCCUCUCAGAGUGAACGCGUACAGUGCGAGCGACGGCCGGUCUAACAUGGACUCGUUGAGUUCGAUGCACUCACUUGUCCUUAAUUCUAAGUCCCCAUCAGCAACGGUAUUCAUAGCGGCGACCCAACCAGAGCGACCCGCGAAUACGGCCGGCUCAGACGCUCUCUCCGGCGCCGGCCCACACGUGGUCACGAUCAGAAUCAACACGGACGCCGACAAACCGAAAGCGCCAAAGAUUUCUAGCGUGCAUCUCAAGAGCGAUGUCGACUUUGAAACCUACAAAAUCAGUGACAACAAGAAAAAUAAUAGUUUAGUCAGAUUAAACGUCGACGAUAAUCAACUGAAGAUCUUAGAUAGUGAAGAACAAACCAAGAUGGACAAGGCGCCCUACAUUUAUUGCAAUUCAUUCAUUAAUUCUAACAAUACGAUAAUGUCAAGCGGUCAGUGCUCUCCGAGCGAUACCCUAGAUUCGGGUACAUGCAGCGAUCUAGAUGGUACACCGCCGCCGCUCCCAAAAAAGAAGACAUCGAAAUCGUCUUCAAAAAAAGCCGUAUCCGUCACAAUGAUAAGCUCCGCGAGAAACAUUAGUGAACUAGAUUUUGAAGACAACGAUUCGAAUAUAUCGUGCGAUUCGCUGAAUAGCAGUGAGUUCAAUGGAAGCAUGCACGCCGAUGAAGGCCACGGCGACGAUACGGGCAAAAAGGAAAAGAAACAAACCCCCGAGCCGCCUAGCGCGCCGCUCCUACCGACGUUUAUAAAUAAAGCGAACAACAAAAACGGUAGCUUUCUACCGCAAGGCUUGCUACAAGAUAUUAGAGACCAUUCGGCGAAACUCAAUACGGUCGAAACUGAAAGUGACUCGAGCGACCAAACGCAAGAGGAAGCGAGCCGGAAUAUUAAUGAAAAUGCUAAUGUAUCGAAAGAAAGUGCGCAGCUCACGUCGUUCCGAUUAGUUUCACAGUUGAACGAGUCGAGGAACAAUAGUGGCGCGGAGUCAUCACCUGCUCAUUUCGAAAAUAAGACGCCUUUAAUCAAAGAGACGACUUACGAAGAUAGAAAGAAAGAGGAAAAAAUGAAGCAGGAGCGCAUUUGCUACAGUAGUCAAUACUUCGAUACGGACAAGUUUUACGAUUUUCAUCUUAACGAGAAGCAAUUCGAUGAUGUGCCGGUCAAGAGUGCUAGUGUCGAUAAAAGUGUCAGUGAGGAAACUUCCGAACAGGAAUACUUUGCGGGAGUGAAGGAUUAUAAGAGUGAGGAGCCUACGUCUACUAUAAGAAGCUCUAAAGGAACAAUACGCGGCGUCAAGAACCGCGUGCGAGCUGGCAUCGCGACUUUCCUACAGAUGCAGAGCGCAACAAAGAGUUACAAAGAAAAAGAUGCUGGUAAAGUAGUGGUAUACACAACCACGAUGGGAAUCGUAAGGAGUACUUAUCAACGCUGUGUGCUGGUGAAGAAGAUCCUCAGGAACCUGCUGGUGAAGUAUGAAGAAAGAGACGUGUUUAUGAGCACAGAGUAUCAAGACGAGAUCAGAGAUAGAAUGAAGAGUGACCAGAUUUUAGUGCCGCAACUCUUCGUUGAUGGACAGCAUAUUGGGGAUGCAGAUACGGUUGAAAAGUUAAAUGAGUGCGGUGAGCUGAGGAAAAUGCUGAAGCCUUAUAAGAGUCCAGAUGCAUGCAACACAUGCCAGAUGUGUGGAGGUUUCCGUCUGUUGCCGUGCCGCAUCUGUAAUGGGUCCAAGAAAAGUUUGCAUCGUAACCAUUUCACUGCCGAAUUCGUCGCUCUGAAAUGCAUGAACUGCGACGAAGUCGGUCUUGUCAGAUGUGAAGCCUGCUCUUGAUUCAAACCUUACGGUGAAUAUCCACUGCGGCACAUACAUUAAGAAAUUAUUGCAAUU